AUGACAGCCAGUCAAACUCCGUCAAAUCUUUCUCUGAGAGAGCUGGGAAAAGGCAUCCACCGCCUUUAUAAAGACCGCGAGCAUGCUGACUGGACCCUCAAGACGGGCCCUUCCACCAUAGAAAGGGCCCACAGCUUUGUCCUAUGGGCUCGAUCUACUUAUUUCACUGCUGCUUGCAACGGCAAGUUCAAGGAAGCCACAAUUCGAGAGUCCGACAUGACGGAGUACGGUCCCUUCAUGGUCCACCGGAUGCUGCAGUAUUGCUACCUGCUCAGCUAUGAUGACAACCCACUCUCUAUACACGGGGUUAACGAGACCUAUACAUCCAAGCUAUGUACUAACGUCCACAUGUACAACAUGGGAGAUUACUAUGACCUGCAGGGCAUGAAGCUGGAGGCUCUUAACAAGUUAAAAGAGUGCUUGAAACUCUCCGAGGCCGAGCUGGCCGAGCAAGAUGUUGCCAGUCUCUUGGAAGUCCUUCCGUGGAUUUACUCAUCGACGCUGGAUUCGGACCAUGGCUUGCGUACAGUUGCUGCUUCGUUCGGUUAUCGUCACUGGGGAACAUUGGUUGCGCGUCUCGACUUCGAGGAAGUUGCUGCGGAAAACAUCAAGUGGGUUAUCGACAUCAUCUCACAAAAGCGCGGUCAAGAGUCCAAGAUUGGCCAGUCAUCAGAAUACCAAGAUCCAGGACCGAGGCCACGGCAUUACACCCCAACGCCCCCUUUGCCCCCUUUGCCCCCGGUGCCCCCGGGGUUCAUGUAUCCUCAACCAAACCUCGGUUUUGCCUUCCAUUAA